UUUUUCGUUCAGGCAGAAUGGAGAAGUCAAGUUGUAUUUUUAUUUUAUUUCUUUGUGCCUUUCCAACAGACAUUUCGUCCAGACGACAUGGUCAUCGCACUAAAGGUAAUGAUAGCAAAAUCGUCGGUGGCUACGAUACGACCAUUCAGGACUUCCCAUACCAAGCAUAUCUGCUGCUGCAAAAGGGAUCGGAUUAUUACCAAUGUGGAGGAUCGAUCAUAAGCGAAAAUUACAUUUUGACGGCGGCUCAUUGUCUUUCUGGGGUAUCAAAAGCUAUAGCCCGGGUAGGCAGUACCAAUGGUGAUAGCGGUGGCACUCAAUACAAGAGCAGACAGCUGAGAGCACAUCCAAGAUUUAAUCCUGCAACAUUGGAUUACGAUGUGGGACUGAUUCGAUUUUCAAACAAGAUAAAUCUUGAUGGAGAGACCACUAAGGCUAUUCAACUAGCUGAAAGUGGGAGCCCUGUGCUUCCGGACACUACUCUUACCGUAUCAGGCUGGGGAGCUACUUCUGAAAACGGAAACGUCAGUCCAACUUUAAUGGCUGUUCAAGUCCCUACAGUAUCUACGGAGGAAUGCAACAUGUCGUACGGAUAUAUAUCGAAAAGGAUGAUUUGUGCUGGUGUGCCUGAAGGUGGCAAGGACUCAUGUCAGGGUGAUUCAGGAGGUCCUGCUGUAGGAGACGGUCCGAUUCAAUUAGGAAUAGUAUCCUUUGGCGUAGGUUGUGCCCGCCCAGGAUAUCCCGGAGUUUACUCAAACGUAUCGAGUCUAAGAAAUUGGAUUAGAAAGAAUUCGGGCGUAUAAAUCUGGUUCAGUCUUCCGUCUAUCACAAUUGUAUAUUGUUAUCUGUUCCUGGGCCGUUUCCGCACUUGGUUGUUCUGAAACCGUCCGUUGUACGUAUUAAUUGUUAUGUUAAAGUUAACAACUGGAUUGUGUUUAAAAUGCAAGGCAAGCAUAACAAAUUCUGUUCGAAUAAAGGCACUGUUACUGUACAUGUUA